CACCAGCGAACCCAUACGGGAGAGAAGCCGUACGAGUGUUCAGUGUGCGGCAAGAAAUUCUUGACGAGCAGUAACCUGCGGACUCACCAGCGGACCCACACGGGUGAGAAGCCCUUCGAGUGUCCAGUGUGCUGCAAGAAAUUCGCGACAAGCGGUACCCUUCAGCUUCACCAGCGGACCCACACGGGAGGAAAGCCAUUCGAGUGCUCUAUCUGCGAUAAGAAAUUUACGUACGGUUCCCAUUUCCGAGAUCACCUUAGAAAUCACACGGGUGAGAAGCCCUAUGAGUGUGCGGUGUGCUGCAAGAAAUUCGCGUACAGCAGUAGCCUUCGGACUCACCAGCGGACCCACACGGGAGAGAAGCCGUACGAGUGUUUAGUGUGCGGCAAGAAAUUUACGCAGAGCGGUCACCUCCAGGCUCACCAGUUGAUCCACACGGGAGAGAAGGCUUUCGGGUGCUCAGUCUGUGAGAUGAAAUUUAAGCGCGAUUCCCAUCUCCGAGUUCACCUCAGAACCCAUACGGGAGAGAAGCCCUUCGAGUGUACGUUCUGCGACAAGAAGUUUGCGGAGAGAGGUACACUGAAAACGCAUCUGCGAUUCCACGCAGGAGAGAAGCGUUUUAAGUGUACGAUCUGCGACAAGACAUUCGUGACGAGUGGUGGUCUGAACUCGCAUAUACUGGUGCACACGGGAGAAAAGCCACACGAGUGCACAGUGUGUGAAAAGAGGUUUGCACGCACUGAACAAUUGAGAAGUCAUGAACGCUGCCAUACAGGGGAGAAGCCUUUUGAGUGCAGUCUGUGCAAUAAGAAAUUUGGAACUAGUGUACAUUUGCGUCUCCAUCUUCGUACUCAUACAGGAGAGAAGCCAUUCGAGUGUGCCGAGUGCAAAAAGACAUUUUCGUGUAGGCCAGCUUUGCGUUCACAUACCCGUAUCCACACAGGAGAGAAACCAUAUCAGUGUAAAGUGUGCAGUAAAACAUUUGCGCACACAUCAAAUCUGCAGUCGCAUAGCCGGACGCACACUGGAGAGAUGCCAUACGCGUGUACCUUGUGCGAAAGGAAAUUUUCGCGAAGUUCCCAUUUGAAAGAACACCAUCGAACUCACACGGCAGAGAUGCCCUUAGAAUGCACGGUCUGUGGCAAUAAAUUUGCAACCGAUUACGGUCUUCGAAAACAUCUUCGCACCCACACGGGCGAGAAGCCGUUCGAGUGCGGUGUGUGCGAAAAGAAAUUUGGCGAUGGUAAAACACUGAAAGUUCAUCUCCACACUCACACUGGGGAGAGGCCUUUCGAGUGUCCAAUGUGCAGCAAGAAAUUCGCGACAAGCAGUACACUUCAGACUCACCAGCGGACCCAUACAGGAGAGAAGCCGUACGAGUGUUUAGUGUGCGGCAAGAAAUUUACGCAGAGAAGUCACUUGUGCACGCAUCAGCGAAGGCACACGGGAGAAAAACCGUAUGAGUGCUUCGAGUGCGACAAGAAGUUUGUGGAUACUCGCGGUCUGGCUGUACACCGCCUCAUCCACACCGGAGAAAAGCCCUUCGAGUGCAACGUGUGCCGCAAGGGAUUUAAAACAGGCAAAGAGUUGCGCACACAUCUCCGGGUCCACACCGGAGAGCGGAAGUAUGCGUGCACGGAGUGCGACGUAAAGUGUUUGCACGCUGGCGAUCUGCGGAGACAUCUCCGAACUCACACGCGGGACAAGCCUUUCGAGUGCGCCGUGUGCCGCAACAAGUUUGCAACCAGGAGUGGGCUGAGUCUGCACCUCCGCACCCACGCGGGGGGUAAGCCGUUCAUGUGCACCGAGUGCGGCAAGACGUUCGUGGACCCGGGCAGCAUGAUGGCCCACCUUCGAAGGCAUUCAUUGUAAUGGUUACGAGCUGUGGAUUCUGCAGCGCUCUUGAAAAGGUGUACAAUUUGACG